AUGUGUAGAUUGAUAUUCAUUUCAAAAAGUGUUUAAAAUUACAUAAAUAAUUCUGAUUUAUUAGAUGCGUGUGUAUCCAUUCUGUUCUAUAUAUAUUUAAAGCAGGAAAAGUUCGAUAAGAGACUGUCUAAAUUUCCAAAAUAUUUGAGUUAAAAGGCAGCUGCCUUGAUAAAGAGAUUAACUGAAAAUGCCGUUGAUUACAGAGUGUUUCAUUUAGGUUUCAAAGCAUCUAGAACUCAAGGAGGCUGAUGAAAUACUUCGCCAUCGUUGAAGACAUCUAUCAUCGAAAGAAUUUCCAAAAGAUAGGCUGA